ACAUAAAAUGCUCCAUUCCCUCUCUCUUCUCUCCCCAAUUUCAAACCCAACAACAAAACAACACCAACAACUAACCUUUUUCAUACCAUAGUUCUUGAGUUGAGCAUGUCUUUCAGUUUCACUGACCUUCUUUUUACCAACAACAAUAACAUGAACAGGGAUGAUGAUCCCUUUGGACUUGAGUUUGCUAAUAACUUCAAGUCAGCUUCACUGCCUCUCUCUCCUUCUUCAAUCUACCCUUCUUAUGCUGAGUUCCCUCCUGGUUUUGCCCCAACCACACAGUCAUUGAAUCCACACCACUUUUUUUCUUCUCAAAAUGUUCCUGCAUCUUACACAACUGAGCCAUCUUCUAGCAUGAGUUUCAACAUGAGAAACAGUUCAACUAUGGGUCAACAUGGAAACAAGGAGGAAGAGAGAAACUACUCUGACCACUCUUUCCAAACAAAAGCAAACCACGUGCCUCUCUUUCAAUCUUCCACAAGCAUAUUUCAAGUGCAGGAGCCACAAAAGAAACAGGACACAAUGAUAUUCAAUGAAGCUGCAAAGCAAACAGAUUUCUCAUCUGAGAGGACAGAAACAAAAUCUGAAUAUCCAUCCACUCAGGGCUUCUCAACAGCAUUAGCCUCAAUCAAACAUGAAAUACAAAGCAAUUCUGCUCCUGGAUCUGUUCAAUUUAACUCCAUUGCUCCUAAGUCUAUUAGGGAACAAAGGAGAUCAGAAGAUGGUUACAAUUGGAGGAAGUAUGGAGAGAAACAAGUGAAAGGAAGCGAAAAUCCACGUAGUUAUUACAAGUGCACGCACCCGAGUUGCCCAACAAAGAAGAAAGUUGAGAGGUCUUUGGAGGGACAUAUCACUGAAAUAGUAUACAAGGGAAGUCACAAUCAUCCCAAGCCACAUGGUAGAAAAAAUGGUUCUCAAUCAAUUCAUCAAACUUCUUCACCCUGCACCAACUCGGGGAUUUCUGAUCAAUCUGUAGGAGAUGAAGAUCUAGAGCAAAUAUCACAGACUAGUUAUUCUGGAGGGGGUGAUGAUGACCUUGGAAAUGAGGCCAAAAGAUGGAAGGGGGAGAAUGAAAAUGAUGGCCAUUCCUAUUCUUCUGCUGGGAGUAGAACUGUUAAGGAACCUAAAGUUGUGGUUCAAACCACAAGUGAAAUUGACAUACUUGAUGAUGGAUAUAGGUGGAGGAAAUAUGGACAGAAAGUAGUUAAAGGAAACCCAAACCCAAGGAGUUACUACAAAUGCGUAGCCCCGGGUUGUCCAGUGAGAAAACAUGUUGAGAGAGCUUCACAUGACAUGAAAGCUGUGAUUACGACUUAUGAAGGGAAACAUAUCCAUGAUGUACCAUUAGGACGAGGAAACUCAAGCUAUAGCAUGAACAGAAAUUCUCUAAACAACACCUCCAACAACACCAACACCAGCAAUGUAACAGCUCCUGCUCCUAUAAGGCCCUCAGCACUGACUAACUAUUCUAACUCAGCAAGUUUCACAAACUCACUUCAUGACACAAAGCAACCAACAUCUGCAGGUCAAGAACCUUUUCCAAUGGACUUGCUGCUGAGCCCUGGAAGCAUCGGAUUUUCGGCUAAUGACUCAUUCCUUCAGUCUUUUUUGUCAAAGAACUUUUAAAUUUGGAAGCAGAAGAACACUAGAACGUUACACAUAAAAAUAUCACUGAUAUGUUUAUGUAUAGCAUAGGGGAAUAGAAUAAGAAAAUCAUGAGCAUCUACUAAUUUUAGUGCACUAAGAUUAGAGACUAGAACUACAGCAUUCUAAAGCUUGACAAGAGUUAGUCCUUGUUUCAACUUUCAAUUUAGAACACCAGAACGUUACAAUAAAAAUAUCACUGAUAUGUUUAUGUAUAGCAUAUAGGAAUAGAAUAAGAAAAUCAUGAGCAUCUACUAAUUUUAGUGUACUAAGAUUAGAGACUAGAACUACAGCAUUCUAAAGCUUCACAAGAGUUGGGCAUUGUUUCAACUUUCAAUUUAGUAAUAGGAGAGACAGAAAACAUGUUGACCUUGAAUUCUAUUAUUCUUUUGUUGCUUUUGUUCAA